AUGUCUGCUGAAGAUACUAAACCAAAGACCACUGAAGAAUCCACCACUUCUAUUCCAAAACCACCAACCGCUAAUGUCUUCUCAAUGUUUGGUGCUAAGAAGGAAAAGAAAGAAGAACCAAAAGACGAAGAAAAAAAAGAUACCAAGGAAGAAGAAUCAAAGAAAACCGAUGACAACGAAGUUGCCGAAGAAGAAGAAGCCGACGUUGAAUUCACUCCAGUUAUUCAAUUAGAUAAAAAAGUCGAUGUUAAAACCAACGAAGAAGAUGAAGAAGUUUUAUACAAAGUUAGAGCCAAAUUAUUUAGAUUCCAUGCCGACACUAAAGAAUGGAAAGAAAGAGGUACUGGUGAUGUUAAAUUCUUGAAACAUAAAGUAACUGGUAAAGUUAGAAUUUUGAUGAGAAGAGACAAGACUUUGAAAAUCUGUGCCAACCAUUUGAUCUCCGCAGAUUAUGAAUUAAAACCAAAUAUCGGUAGUGACAGAUCUUGGGUUUAUUCUGUUACCGCUGAUGUUUCUGAAGGUGAACCAGAAGCUCAAACUUUGGCCAUCAGAUUCGGUAACAAAGAAAAUGCUGAUCUUUUCAAAGAACAUUUCGAUAAUGCUAAAAAAGAAGCUGCUAAAUAA